AUGAAUCGUGCAGCGCGGACCGCCUGCGAUCGCUGUCAUGGCCAGAAGAUGAAGUGUAUCCGCGAACCCGGUCAAAGCAAAUGCAAUCGUUGUCUGCCCUCACAUUUCGAAUGCGUCUUCAGCCCAUCGAGAAAAGCUGGGCGGCCGUUAGCUGGGCGGGCGUUGAAUCCAACAAAAACUUCGCCUGCCACUCCACGCCCCAAAUCCAACCACAGCGCCACCACCAGCUCCAACCAAAUCGUCUCGACUUAUGAUGAGUCUUUCACAUUUCCGGCUGAGAGCUUCGACUUUUCGCUGCCAACACUUGGCGAUGCAUUUGGGUCGCCCACCAUGAGCCCAGAUACCGACAACUUCUUGUAUUCGCCAUUCACGUCCUCCGAUGCCAGUACGCAAGAGAUGGAUGCGCUCGGUCUCGGUGGCACAUUUGCUCCUGAGCAAGGAGAGCUCAGUCACAAGUCGUUUGACGAUCUCACGACCCUAUUCUCUGAACCGCGAUCCCGAGCACCAACAACCCAACAUUCACACCCAGAACCAGAUAAAAUGGAAACCGACAGCAGCAGCCCAUCCGCAUUGGCAGCCGUCUACCAAUUAUCAGCCUUCAGCGCGUCCCUUUGCGCGUCUGUGGAGCUAUACCUCAGAAACGAGGAAAAAUCCACCUGUGCAGCGCCCAUGGAAGAACUAGGAAGAAUGGCAGCAGACGUGCUGCAAAGCUCCCUCACUUUCCUGCGCAUACUAAAAACAUUCGUAGACGCCGUUUCUGCAGACAAGAGCGAUACCCCGGACACGCCGGCGACGUUGCAGAUUGUGACGGCGUAUAUUCGCCUGACGCAGCUGCACCGCGGUCUGUACGUGCAGAUCAAAAGUCUGCUUUUGUCGAGCAGCGCCGCGUUAGCCGCCGAGGGCUCCACCUCUUCUCACAAGUCCGCGUUGCCCGCUAUUUUUCCUGAUUUGGCGCUCGGAGGACUUUCGCUGGCUUCUUUUGCGCGUUUUCAACUCAAGUUUAUUGUUCAGAGCUGCGUGCAUGAGUUGGGUAUUAUCGAGGCGAUGUUGGGGCUUCCUGCGGGCUGUCGCGUUAGCGAUGUUGGCAGCACGUCUCCGUCAGAGCGGCCUUUGCUAAGCGCUUGCGAUGGGAAGAUGGGUUUAUUGGUCUGGACAGUGUUGGCAGAGGUGGAGCAGCCUGUGCAUGGUAUUCGAGAUACGUUAAUAGAGCUUCGGGAGUCGUUUAGGGGGAGCAUACAAAUAUAA